AGCUUCAUAAAUUUCUUGGACGACUUAGCUGCAUCCAAAACUCCAAAUUCUUCCGGGUUUGGUUGGAAGAAAAUUGCUCCCAAGGAAAAAAAAAAAAACAAAAACAAAAAACAAUGUCCGGUUUUUGUGGUUCCAACGAUUAUGUGCAAUCGUCGCCGGUAGAGAAAGAUUCCGGCGAUUCUAUAAGAAUUCCUCCAGGUUAUCGAUUCUAUCCCACAGACGAAGAGCUCAUAAAUCAUUUCUUAAGGAGAAAGAUUGAGGAUCCUAGCUUCUUCACAACAGCCAUAGAAGAGGCAGAUUUGAAGAGGUUGGAACCCGGUGUUUGUGUGGGUGUGAGAAAACGAUUUUUCUUCAGCCGGAGGGAUAUGAUUAUGAAGUACGGCACGGGGCAGAGAGCUACUGAUUCAGGAUACUGGAAAACCACCGGAGAAGACAGAGAGAUUUUCAAGGGGAAAACCCUAGUUGGGAUGAAGAAAACUUUGAUUUUUUACAGAGGGAGAGCACCCAGCUGUGAAAGGACAAACUGGGUAAUGCAUGAAUACAGAUUGGAGGGCCACAAUUCCUUGCACAAUCUUCCUCAAAACGCUAAGAAUGAAUGGGUGAUCUGUAAAGUCUUUCUGAAAAACCCCCUGGAAAAGAAAACAUUUGCUUCGAACAUCCAUACAUUGUUCCUGAUGGCAAUACAAUCUCUUGCCUGGGCUUAUGAAGUUGGGAAACAUUAUGUAAACAUUAAAAGGAAGGACUACAACAAUGAGUAUGUUGGAGGAGUGAGGCAGCUGCAGCCAAAACUACAUAAAUCCAAUUCUGAUGCAGAGAAUCCUGCUGCUGCUGCAGCAUCAAGUUCUAUGAAUUCUCAUAAUCAUAAUAAUAAUAAUACAACAAUGGAAGACAAUAGUAGAGUGUGUGUUAAAGUAGUGGGAUACAACAAUGAUACUGUGAUGUUCCUGCUUCCUUUUCCAACUAUGGAUAGUUUGAAGGCAGAAAUCCUAAAGAGAUUCAAUAAUUUGGAAGCUGAAACUUUUAAGAUCAGGUACAAAGAUGAAGAUGAAGAAAUGGUAACAAUAGCCUGUGAUGAAGAUUUGCAUUAUUGCUUGGAAUUUUUCAAGUCCACAGGAACAACACCAGUCAGAUUGUCUCUUUUAAUUUGAAGGAAUCCAUUGCCAGAUUGCCCCCUCACUUGGACAUGUUUAAAUCUAAGCUAAAGCUAGUAUGACUAUAAGAAUGUGACAAAGUAAUAAUAAUAAUGCAUAAAUGGCUUGUGCUAUUAUGUGUUGUGUUGCGUUGUGUUUUACUACUGCUUUUCAAGUGAAUGUAAUUUUUAAGCAUUUUAUGUU